AUGGCUCCGAUCGGACUCACCGACGUCGCUGUUACAGAUUUCGUACUAAACCAACGUAACGGAGUUAAGGGUCUCGUCGACGUUAUAUCUCCAAAGACAUUGCCGUCACGUUACGUCCAACUCCCGGAGAAACGAGUCACCCCCGAGAAACUCAUGAUAGAGGCAACAACUACCGGCAAAGGCGGCUCAUUAGCACCGGUGAUUCCGGUCAUUGACGUAUCUGACUGGAACAACCCAAACGUUGCGGAAGAGAUAUAUGAUGCGUCUACAACGUUAGGGUUUUUCCAGAUAGUGAACCAUGGAGUGUCGUUGGAUGAGCAAAACAAACUGAGAGGAGUAGGUCGUGCAUUUUUCGAUUUGUCGGCGGAGGAGAAGAAACGGUACUGGGAGGAAAGUUCAGUAUCGGAGACGGCCUCGUACAUGACAAGUUUCAAACCCUCCAUGGAGGCUAAGUUGGAGUGGAGGGACGCUCUCAAGUUUGACUUUAAGAAUCGUUACGACCAAGUGGACUUCGCUGCCACCUGGCCUACUGUGUGCAGGGACGAGGUUGUAAAGCAUUCCGAUAACAUGAAGCCGAUCGGUAAGAAGAUUCUUGAAAUACUGAUGAAGAAUCUAAACGCAAGAAUGGUAGAGAAAACUCUAAUGGGAUCUUUGAGGAUGAACAUCAACUAUUAUCCCAAGUGUCCAGAGCCGAAACUAGCCGUGGGAACGGGUCGUCACUGCGACAUGAACACCCUCACACUUCUUCUCCAAGACGACAUAAUAGGAACCCUUUAUGCUCGAUGCGGUGACAAGUGGCUCCAUGUCCCUCCAGUUAUGGGAGCCCUAGUGGUUAACAUUGGAGACGUACUACAGAUCUUGAGCAACGAUCGGUACAAGAGCGCGGAGCAUUUGGUGAUGGCUAAUCAGUUUCUUAGCCGGGUUUCAUUUGCGUAUUAUCUCGGACCUGGUUACGAUUCCGUUAUCGAGCCGUUACGUGAGGUGCUACAAAAUGGUGAGAAACCACUGUACAAGGCCACAAAGUAUGCGGAUUACAUGAAAUAUUACUUUGGUAGGCCGCAUUCGGCCGGUAAUAAAACUAUCGAAUCGGUCAAGUUACAUUGA